AUGUGUGGAGAAAGACAUCCUACGUUCAAGUGUUUGUCGUUUAACAGCCUUUCCACGAGUGAACGGCUGUCCAAAGUUAAAGAGAGGAACAUCUGUUUUAACUGCUUGAGGCGUGGACACAGCGUGAAGAACUGUCCAUCGAAGAAGUCUUGCUUUAGGUGCAACAAGAAGCAUCACACAUUGCUGCACUUGGAGGGCAAUGCCAGCUCGACGAGGCCUACGAGUGAGAGCAGUGAAGAGAAGCAUUCUCAGUCUAACCCAAAUUCUGCGAUUGGAAUUCCUGGCUCCAGUAAAGCACCGAAGUCCAAUAAGAAACCGGAGACCCAGCCAUUGGUAACGGCAGUACACACUAACAACCCGAUGAAUUUGGCGAGUCAGGUGAUCUUACUAACCGCCCUUGUUCAAGUGGAUGAUCAACAUCAGCGCUCUUGUUUGUGCAAAGCCCUGUUAGACUGCGGAUCCCAAGUGAGUUUUGUAACGCAAUCACUGGUCGCUACUCUUGGGAUUAAAGGGGAAGAAGUAAGUGUCCCGAUAACAGGCAGUGGCAGUGUGAGAUCAACUAUAAAACAGAAAUGCACCAUAAAUGUCCGCUCUAGAUGUAAUGACUACUCAUUCCUCGUGAAUUGCUUGGUCUCACCGAAAAUCACCGGUCGCAUUCCAUCGGUGAAGAUAAAUUUGGACAAUUGGGAACUGCCACAAGGUCUAAAACUGGCUGAUCCGUCGUUCCAUGAACCCAGCCAAAUUGAUUUGCUUAUUGGCAUGGACUGGUUCUAUGAUAUAAUGAAACCAGGGUGCUUAAAACUAAACGACGACCUACCUAGCCUUCAAGACUCCCAACUGGGAUGGUUAGUGGGUGGUAAGCUGCUCGAGAGGUCCUGUUCAAACCUUGCGAUGAACUCCUGCGCUGUUAGCGUCGAUCCAAUGGAAGAGCUUAUGCAUAAAUUUUGGGAAGUGGAAAGCGUUUCACCAGAGAUGGUUCCUUCGAGCGAGAAGCAGCAGUGCGAAGCACACCUCACGUAUCGUCGAGAUGACAGUGGUCGAUUUAUCCUCCAUCUACCACUGAAGGACAACGCUCCCCAGCUGGCAGAUUCUCGUUCUAUGGCCUUGCGGAGAUUUUACAUGUUGGAAUCGAAGCUGCAACGUAACCCAGAUUCGAAAGUCCAGUACGACGCCUUCUUAGAUGAGUACGAGGCUCUUGGGCAUUGCCACGAGAUCAACGAGCAUGAUGACCCCCCUGGAAUAUUGAAGUUUUAUCUUCCUCAUCAUGCUGUUUUGAGUCCCUCAAAAACGACUACCAAAUGUCGAGUUGUGUUCAACGCAUCGGCCAAGGUGUUUGGAUUAUCACUCAACGACGUGAUGAUGGUCGGUGCUACAGUGCAGAGCGAUUUGCUGUCCAUAAUUCUUCGCUUUCGAAAGUUUCGAUACGUUUUGAGUGCAGACGUAUCAAAAAUGUAUCGUCAGAUGCUGAUCGACCCCGCCUUCACUCCAUUACAGCGGAUUUUCUCGCGGAAGUCCCCUCAAGAUCCUCUGCGAGUCCUCGAGUUAUCAACAGUGACAUAUGGUACAGCGGCGGCCCCAUUCUUGGCAACGCGGGCUCUUCUUCAAUUAGCUCGCGAUGAACGACACAGAUUCCCACUCGCAGCGAUGAUCGUGGAAAGGAAUUUCUACAUCGAUGAUGCACUGUUUGGUUCCGACGAUUAUGUAGAAGCGUGUGAACUUCGGGACCAACUGAUAGGCCUACUGAAGUCUGGUGGGAUGCAUCUACACAAGUGGUCUUCCAACGAUGAUAGCCUUUUGGAUCCUAUUCCCAAUGAAGACAGAGAGCGAUGCGUUCCACUUGGUGACAGCGGUAUCAACGACAUUAUAAAAAUAUUGGGUUUAAUGUGGAACCCUUCUACUGAUGAAUUCCUGUUCCGAUCGCAAUCUCCAGAGAAGAUCAAAGGACCAACGAAGCGACAAGUUCUGUCCGAAAUCGCCAAGAUUUUCGAUCCUCUUGGUCUUAUCUCUCCUGUGGUAGUAAUGGCGAAGAUUCUGAUGCAAAAUCUAUGGAUUUGUAAGCUGAAAUGGGAAGAUCCGUUAGACGAUGGCCUUCUGUACCAAUGGGAAAGCUUUUUGACAUCGCUGCCAUCUUGUGAGCAGAUUCGGAUUCCGCGCCAAGUUAUAUCGAGCGAAGCUAUCCACUACGAGAUUCAUGGGUUCGCCGAUGCCUCCCAGAAGGCAUACGGUGCUUGCGUAUACGUGAGGUCGAUUUCUCCUGAUGGCAGAGCAUCAUUGAGGCUAGUCAGCGCGAAGUCUAAAAUAGCACCGAUCACACCUGUGACGAUUCCGAGAAAAGAGUUACUAGCCGCUCGACUUCAACAAGGUUAA